AGCGUUCAAACGAAGCGGCCGGGGAGGGCAGCGCUGUGCUAACUAUGGAAACCUCAUACAUUUAGAAUAAGCACAUCCAGUAUACUAUCAAAUGCAAAGUAAACUUACCAAAGGAAAUAAGACUUUCUUCUUGUCUCCCUUUCCUGGCUUAACCUUUAUUACACUCAAGGAGGGAAGAACAAAUUUUUUGCAGAAACUUCUCAUCUUUGUGCAUUUGUGUUGGCACUGUGGACUGGAAUAAUUAUUUUCUUAUGUAUUUUAUUAUUGAAUUUUCUUGGAAGCAAUGGAUUGUGAUCUCCCAUCAUUCUGCAAAAAUUCUACCUAAGAGUUCAGAGGGAAGAAAAAAAUGGGACAAAACUCUUGGUUGCUUUUUUUUUAAUUUUCUGAUUUCUUGUGGCCAUGAGCAACACCAGUGGAUUUCAUGGGGCACCGUGUUGCCUGCUAAUUAUGUAUCAUUUCAAGCAGCUGAACAGUUCUGCAAUCAUGGGAUGACUUCUGAAUCAAUGACAUGCAAUGUUGAUAUAUACCACAUUGCUCUGGAAAGAUGUUGAUAGUGGAGGGGGGACAGUUGAGCAUAACUGUUUACGAUGAAUGUGUGAAGCAGCAAGGAUUAAGUGGUUUCCAAUCCCUGAAGAGGAGAAACAAAGCAGUGACUAAAGCUAACAGGCAAAGGAAGCAGAGUUGAGGAAGGAUUAUCUCUGCUUGAAGAUCAUAAAAGAGUUUGCAAUGGCAAUGCUCUGGAAAUUCAUGAGAGUAGCGAAGUAUUCUAAACCAGCUUUAUCAACAAAAGGAAAGGGAAGAGGAAUUCCCACCCAUUCAAGGCAUUCUUCAUCCAAGUCUGAACCUUCAGAUUUUGCUGCCAGCACACCCUGCUCAAAUACUGUAGAACUGCUUGGUAAGCCUUAUCCUCAGGAUGACUACAGCAAUGUCACAGAGAAGAUUCUUUCCAAGAUGGGGAAGAACUUGCACAACAAAAAGCAUCAUCCUUUGUGGCUAAUCAAGGAGCAGGUGAAGGACCACUUUUACAAACACUAUGUAGGACGCCGUGGGACUCCGCUCUUUUCUGUCUACGACAGUCUUUCUCCAGUGGUUACAGUGCAGCAGAAUUUUGAUAGUUUGCUCAUCCCACAAAACCAUGCCAGCAGAAGGAAAGAGGAUAACUAUUACUUGAAUCGUGAUCACAUGCUAAGAGCACAUACAUCAGCUCAUCAGUGGGACUUGAUACACUCCGGCCUAGAUGCCUUUCUGGCAGUGGGAGAUGUCUACCGCCGUGACACAAUUGAUAACACCCACUACCCAGUCUUCCAUCAGAUGGAAGGAGUUCGGCUCUUCUCCUGUCACGAGUUGUUCUCCAACAUUAAGGAUGGUGAAGGCUUGCAGUUGUUUGAGCAAGGUCAUCGGACUGCGCACAAGCAAGAGUGUCAUACCAUGGAGGCAGUGAGGCUGGUGGAGUUCAACCUGAAGCAAGUGCUCACAAAGCUCAUGACUCACAUCUUUGGUGAUGGGCUGCAAGUCAGAUGGGUAGACUGCUACUUCCCGUUUACUCACCCUUCCUUUGAGAUGGAGAUCAACUUCCAAGGAGAAUGGAUGGAGGUCCUGGGCUGCGGGGUCAUGGAGCAACAGCUAGUUAACUCAGCUGGUGCUCAGGAUAAAAUUGGCUGGGCAUUUGGCUUGGGCUUGGAGAGGCUGGCCAUGAUCCUGUAUGAUAUCCCUGACAUCCGACUGUUCUGGAGUGAAGAUGAACGCUUCUUGAAGCAGUUUAUUGUGCCUCACAUUUGGCAAAAAAUAAAAUUCCAGCCACUCAGCAGAUACCCACCUUUGAUCAAUGACAUCUCCUUUUGGCUGCCUUCUGAGACAUACUCUAAGAAUGAUUUUUAUGAUUUGGUUCGAACCAUUGGUGGAGACCUGAUAGAAAAGGUUGUCCUCGUUGAUGAAUUUACCCAUCCAAACUGCAGACUGGUGCAGAGGAGACUUGUGACCCUAAGAUCAGCUGAAGCCUAAUGGGAGAAGAGUCUG